AUGACCACCCUCUCUCCUGAGAACAGCCUCUCCGCCCGGCGCUCCGCCUCCUUCAUCUUGGAGAAGAGAAAGCCCCCUAUUGACAAGACAGAGUGGGACAGCUUCUUCGAUGAGAAUGGUCACUUGGCCAAGUCGCGGGACUUCAUCUGUAUCAACAUCCUGGAAAGGGGCCUGCACCCCUAUGUGAGGACAGAAGCCUGGAAGUUCCUCACUGGCUACUACUCCUGGCAGAGCUCCCAGGACGAACGGCUCAUAGUGGACAGCAAGAGGAGGAAGAAUUAUGAAGGCUUGUGCCAUAUGUACAAGAAGAUCCAGCCACUGCUGGAGAAUAUGCACCGAAACUUCACCGAGACUCGGAACAACAUUGCCUAUGACAUCCAGAAACUGUACGACAAAGACCCAAUGGGCAACGUUGUCAUCAACAAGAAGAAACUGGAGAAGAUCCUGCUCCUGAGCUACGUGUGCAACACUCAGGCCGAGUACCAGCACGGCUUUCACGAGAUGGUGCUGCUCUUCCAGCUGAUGGUGGAACACGACCACGAGAUCUUCUGGCUCUUCCAGUUCUUCUUGCAGAAAACAGAACACAGCUGCGUCAUCAACAUCGGGGUGAGCAAAAACCUGGACAUGCUCAACCGCCUCAUCAGCUUCCUGGACCCCCUGUUCGCCGAGCACCUCAAGGGCAAGGGCGCAGGCACCGUGCAGUCUCUCUUCCCGUGGUUCUGCUUCUACUUCCAGAGCGCCUUCAAGUCUUUCGAAGAUGUCUGGAGACUCUGGGAGGUCCUGCUGACCGGGAAGCCGUGCAGAAACUUCCAGGUGCUGGUGGCUUACAGCUUGCUGCAGAUGGUGCGGCAGCAGGCGCUGCUGGAGAGCAUGAGCGGAGAUGCCAUCCUCCUGGCCUGCAACAGACUCAUUGACCUGGAUGCCGACCAGCUGAUCUCCGACGCCUGUGUGGUUUAUGCUGAGCUUUUCCAAAAGGAAGUACCUCAGGCAUUAAAGGAUUUCUUUCUCUGA